UGCCGCUGGCUUGGUUCCUCCUGGUUCACCAACGGCAGUUGCGGCUACUGCGGCUAUGCGCUGAACCUGAGCUUGGCGGCGCGGAACACGGCGGGCAUCGGCUCCAAGUACGGCAAGCAGAUCAGGAAGAAGGGCGUCGUCGCCUUCAUCACCGUCGACGAGACCCGCUUCACGCAGGCCGACGAGGUCACCUGCGCGCCCCGCCUGCGCCUCUUCCGGCGGAGGUCGCGCCAAUUCUGCGGCAAGUGCGGCGGCCGCAUUGGCUCCGCCAACGAGGUCGACGAGGAUGACGAGGACCCCGCCGGCCUGUCCGCGUGCACCGGUUCGGACGACGAGGACCCCGCCGGCCUGUCCGCGUGCACCGGUUCGGACGACGACGACCCGCGGACGAGCCCGGGCGACGGCGGCGGCGCCACCAGAAGGAGGAGCUACCUCAUCAGGUUCGGCGCGCUGCAGCCCUGCACGGAUGACUCUCCUGCUGCUGACGACCCCUUCUCUCUAUGACAGGCUGCGACCCUCUAUUCUACGACACGGUUUGCUGAAUUUUGUUUCUUGUUCAUAGUAAGUACUACAGGGUAGACAGAGUUCGAUGUGUGUAAGUUGAUCCGAUAGUUUUUGUGUCCUGGUAAUGAAGUGAGCCAUGGUUGCAGUUUUAGGUCACCUUGUGUCUGUCAAUGGCUUAAUUAUAGCACCACCUACUUGAAGUACUGAUGAUAUCAGCUUCUCUCUUGAUAUCUAAAAUUGUGGAGACUGUUUUGAAUAUCCACAGAUCAAUAUAUUUCAGUUCGUCAUCACUAAUUCCAUAAGCUGUCUGACGAGAUAAAUUCAUGUGAUGGACCAUCAUUAUAUGUUUAUUAUCAUUAUCAGUUCAUCUAUGCAGCUAAGUCGUUGGGAAUUGAGAAUGGGAGCACAACAUUGAGGUUUGCAGUCAAGGCUCAGGUUAGUCCAUGCAACCAGUACCUCGGUUAAUCAGUUUGAUUCAAUCGUGAGAAACGCAUUUUUCUGAUCAAAGAAUUCGGAUAUGCAAAAUGCCAGUUAUUUUCUUUCUGUGCAGUGAGUAAAUCUGGAAAUUGUACUUCUGAAAUAAUCACUAUAUCAUAUACAAGGAGCUAUUUUAGAUGCAGUAGUACAAAUGUCAGUUUCCCCUAUUAGCUAAGAUACAUACAUUUUCAAUAGAGAUAACUGAAAUAAAAUGUUGUAAUGAUCAUAUCAAACAAAAAAAGAAUGUGAAAAAACGGUGAAUAUGAUUUUCAUAGUUUACACUAUCAUCCCUACUAAUAAAAGCACGGCAGAUCCAACUCGUCAUCUCCGCUGCCCCGCCGGUCCACUCGGCCGGCACCACGCUGUACCCCACCUACGCGCCAUCGUCCGUCCAUGCAGUUGCCGUCGACUACUGCCCCCGGAGGCGGCGUCUACUCCCUGGGCAUCCUCCUGCUGGAGCUCCUCACUAGCAAGUCCCCGACGCACGCGUCCCUGCAGGGAGGGCGACGGCGGCAUGUCCAACAUCUGUAGGAGGGCGGCGGCGGAGAGAAAAGGGAGGAGAGGAAGGAGAUGGGAGGCCGUAGGGAGAGGUGGGUGUGGUGUGAUCCUGCUGCUGCUGCUCGCCGGCCAUCGGCUAGGUUGGCUUCAGGUGCACGGAGGUGUCAGUGCGAACUUGGGUCACCCAAUUGACACCUGAAUCGUCAGGCAAUCCUACUCCAAACUGUAUGUUCUCUGAUGGAUUGGCAGCUAACGGGAGAGGAUUCUCAAACUUUGCAUGUGGUUACUUAUCUGAACACUCUUUGCAUGUGGGCUUUGGGUGCAUGGAGGUGUCAGGGAUCGAGGAUUCGAGGGAGCUCUCCUCUCUCGCAACUGGAGGCGUUCGGGGGUCAAGCGGAAGAGGACGACCUUGUCAAGCUCGGGAGCGGAUGCAUUAGAGGACUCCAUGGUUUUUCCCUGGAGGCUGGCACAUUUAACUGCUGCCCUCUGUUGUCGACCUUCUCUUCUUCAAGCCCCACCCUACCAUCGUCGUACUCCCUGCAGGCAGCUCUGCCCCGAUCUUCUCCUCAAGGGAGGGAUGCCUGGGGCUUCCACCUUUAGAGAUUGCAAAAUUUUGGAGAAUAUGGUUAAAAAACAUGCAGAGAAGGGCAAGCUUUAUGCUGCAGUAUGUGCUGCACCAGCUGUGGCACUGGGAGCUUCAGGGAACUUGUCAUCCGUCAUGCAUGAACAAACUUCCUUCAGAGGUGCAAGCUGUAGAAUCAAGGGUACAGAUUGAUGGGAAAUGUGUGACUAGCCGUGGGCCAGGAACAACCAUGGAGUAUUCUAUUGUUUUGGUUCAACAACUGUAUGGUUGAGAAAAGGCUGAUGAAGUUGGUGGGCCAAUGGUAAGAAUCAUUUUUAGCGUUCUCUUAGAUGUCCAUUGCAAAAAAGUUAUCCUUUUGUUUUCCACAUGUUUCAUGGUCCUCUAGUGGGCAGUUUCGCAGUGCCAUGUUGCUUCUUCAUGGUGAAAUAAUAAGGCCAGUUUGUUUCUUGAUAGGCCUAGGCAUAGUCCUGCAGUUUUUGUACUAUGUAGGGAAGAAAUUUUGUUCACUAUCUUGUUUUGUAUUUUAUACUUCACCUUGCAAAAUUGAUAAAACCAGAUUUAUCUCU